ACUCCCCAACGCAGAAUGAACAAUCCGGCGUGCACUCCAGCAACCAUUCCCGCCUUAAGGAUUGAGCUAUCGCGAGAGAAGCAGUCCUCCCGGGCCUUCCCGCCCUCUCGCGAGAGGUGCGGCCUCUCUUCCUUUUGCUGCGGCCCGGCAAGAUGGUUGAGGAAGACCAGGAAACUCAGGGGUCAUGUGAGCCACGGCCAUGGCCGUAUUGGUAAACACAGGAAACAUCCUGGAGGCCGUGGUAAUGCUGGGGGUAUGCACCACCACAGGAUUAAUUUUGACAAAUACCAUCCUGGUUACUUUGGAAAAGUUGGUAUGAGACAUUACCACUUGAAAAAAAAUCAGCACUUCUGCCCUACAGUAAAUCUGGAUAAACUCUGGACGCUUGUCAGUGAGCAGACGAGAUUAAACUAUGCCAAAAAUGAGGCAGGAUUAGCUCCAGUGAUUGAUGUUGUCCGCUCGGGUUAUUACAAAGUCCUGGGCAAGGGGAAGCUUCCCAAACAGCCUGUAAUUGUGAAAGCAAAAUUUUUCAGUAGAAAAGCCGAAGAGAAAAUCAAAGAAGUUGGUGGGGCUUGUGUGCUAGUGGCAUAAAUCAUUUUUAAAUGUAUUCAGACCUAAAUAAAUAGGCAUGAAUAAAGUUUGUGUGUUUCUUUUGA